UUCAAUUCUGUUCAGAGAGUUCCGAGAUUUCUCAUAGAUUUCUCAUUUCCUACGAACACCAGUUGUAGUUAGGUCUAGCAUUUUCUCGAUGUAAAAUGACAGCUCUGUCAAAAGCUAACGAUAUAAUCCCCAAGAAUUCCGUGGAUGCAUCAACAAAAUGUGACAACACGAGAAAAUCAGGAAUUCCAUGAUUUUGAGGUUGAGUUAGUGAACAAUGUGGAAAUCAGAAGAAUUCAUUGUGACAGAAAGUAGUAAUCAGUCAACAAUGACGUAUUCCUUGAUAACAUGACGAAUAAACUGGAGAUAUCUCUAGGAAGCAUGAGUGAAUCGAGUGCAAAAACGUAAGACUGGGGAUUAAACAAAUUUCGUUAUAAAAUUCUAACAGUAACAAUGAAAAUCGUUGAGAGAUCCUGAGAAUCUCCCAAAAUCUCUCACAAUCAGAGAAGCUGAAUAAUAAAUUCCCGGAUUCAUCAUUAAUCUCUUAAAACUACUUAAAUAUUAUUUAAUUAAAUAAACAAUUAACGAUGUCGAGUGCAGUAAGACCAACUGUUUAUUGAAAUCGUUAAAAAUCGUUGAGCAAAUUAAUGACCGCAAAGAACAAAUGAAAAUUCUUAAUCAAAGAAUUAUCAAAAAAUCGGAAAUCAAUUUCCAGAAUGAAAAAUCCAUUCCGCAUAAUCAUUAAGACCCCAAAGUACAACAAAAUAUAAAAAACAAUUCAUCAAAGCGAAAAUAAAACCGUGAAACGUACAAAAGUAAUAAAAAUACCAAUUAAUCAAAUCAACUUAAUCCAACAAAUAAAUUAAUUUAUAACCGAUAAUUGUUCGAUAAUUAUUGAAACUAGUGAAUUGAAAGGUAAAGUGCAAAAUAGAGUAUGGACUCCAGUGAUUAAUCAGUCAGGAAUAAUUAGGAUAUUGUAAUUAAGUGGUGGUGAAUUUUUUUAUGUUGUGAAGAAGCUGUCGAGCUCGUGUAGAAUGGCACAACAGGUGCAGAUAUUUAAUAAUUGUGAAAGAUUGACUGUGGAAUUCGUUGAUCAAGCGAAUGGUGUAGUUAAAAGAAUUGUCUCCAUCGGGUUCCACAUUUUUUUAUCAACGACCAGUCAUUUUGUUUAUCACGGGGAAGCCCAGAUUCUCGACGGUAGACACUCCGUUAAAUUCCACAGAAUUGAUUUAACCGCUGUAGACAUAUGUAGUGACUCAAAAAAUUUAUUUAUCAUCGAUGAAAAUGGGCACGUGGUGAAGAUCAACCCUGACACCCUUGAAAUUCUCGACACCAUAAUCCUGAGGGACGAAGUGAAGUUUUGCAGCCAUGGAUGCAAACAGGAUAACGAGCCCUUGAAGCUGCGUUCCCUGUCGACAUCAUCGAUAUCGAGUCUUUUUACGACGGAUUCAGGUCAGCUGUGGGCGUCAGGCUCGCACCCCCAGCUGUCGUUGUCCUCGUCCACCCCAAAGCCGGUGAUAUUCUUCGACGGUCGUACAAUCGCCUCGACAUCCUCAGGGUCGAACUUCCACGUGGCGAUCGCGCGUAAAAUACCAAAAACUCCAAAAGACGACACAGACAGUGAGAACGAUCCUGACGAGGUGUUCGUAUCCUCGUGUCCCCAAUGCCUAUCGGCAAUGCGUCCCUCACCCCAGAGCCUCACAUCCUCAGACACAUGUCCACUUGCCCUCCAACCCCACCAGUACUCCUCAGAUCAAUCCAUGACAUCUAUCACACCCCAGACCCACUCUCCCACUCCCUCGAAACUCCUCAACGGUCAUCGACAAUCAGAAUCCUUGAAGGAGGAAUCCAAGAGGAACGUCAUCUUCAUCAAUACCGAGGCAGCCCGUCAGUUCCUGACACGACAGCUCUCGUGGGUAUCGUCCUACGGCAAUGUCAAGGAGGAGACAGAAUUGUCAUCGAAUCCUACAGGACUGAUCAAGCAAAACGUCUCCAACAUGGCGAAUCUAGUGUACGAAGGCGUGAAAACAAUGGGAGAUAAAGUAGCGACACUCUCACGUCAUGUCUCAGGAUCAUCUGAGAUCAAUGACAUACGCGAUGACAUCACUGGAGACUUCGAGGACCUUCUGGAGGACUUGAAACCCACGGGGACCAGUGUAAGUCUUGCUCACAGCCUUCGAUGCGAGGAGUUCCCCUGGUCGUCAUCUACGGGAUCUCUGGAGCACGAGCUCUCCCAGCAAGGAUUGAACGAGCGCAUCAAUUCUCUCGUGGAUAUUGGCACUAGUCUUCUGUCUACGGAGCUCUGGACCUGGGGGGACGUGGCCUUUGGACAACUGGGAACUGGGGACAUCAUCAAGAGGCCUAAACCCGUGCUAGUGACGAAGCUGCAUAAUUUGGGAGUUAAGAAGGUGUCGUCGGGACUCUAUCACACGUUGUCAUUGACUCUCGAUGGAAGGGUCUUCGGAUGGGGCAGGAACGACCACUUCCAGGUGAACUCGGACUCCAAUGUCGAUCAGAGCUCUCCGAAACUCAUAUCUCCGUCUACCUCAAAACGUGCCAGAGACAUAUCAACAGGGGACAAACACAGUCUGAUUGUCAUCGACGACGAUCUCUUCUUCGUCGGCAGUCCAUGCCCGGGUAGUGAACUGCCAGAGAACGACAGCGAAAAUAAAGAGAAUAGAGUUAGAAUCACGAGACUGGAUACCCAGGGCUCUAUUAAAUUCAUAUCAUCGUCGGGUAAUUUCUCUCUCUGCUCAACGACGACCUCAGCUUCUCCUGGAAUUAACGAUGACCUCAGGGUAGAGCAGGCGUUCCUCGAGGAGAUGAUCACGAUUCAUCAGAAUCUGAUAAAACCAUUUCAGAAAAAGGCUGGAGCCACGCAGGAGGCGAAUGUUUAUGACACCCUGUGCAGAUGUUAUUCAGAAUUGCUCUCCCUUACUGCUCUCAAUGUUUCCACCCUCGAGGAUUACUCCAAUCAGAUCGGCGAGGCCUACGAGGUGUCUCUUGUCUCUCAUUACGAGGAAUUCAUUACUGUUUAUAAGUACUAUCUCAAUGCAAUUUGUGAUGUCGUUAGUCUGGGGGGAUUUGGACACAUGGGGAAGAUGAUGAAUGAUCUUCCUGCAGUGGUCUCUAGACUCUUUGAGUCGUCAACUGGUGAUCACCAGAAGAAAACGCAAGAGACCAUCGCCAUGGCUCUGCAGUAUCCUCUGAUAAACCUGAAUAGGUACAAAAAUAUUAUUCAAAGUCUAAUCAGAACGAACGGCAGCAAAAUGGGAAUAGAGCGACUGCAAGAGGCCCUGGUGAAGUGGGAGAGGAUAAUCGAUGAUCAAGAAAGAAGAAUACGAGAGGCCGAGAUGACAAGGGCAUUCUGGGAGAGUUCAGGAAAACUCGUGGAGCUCCUGAAAUCACCAGAGAGACGUCUCAUCAGAGAAAGCCGAAGCCACCCAAUAUUUCUCCUGAAUUCAAGUAGAUUCUCAUCCCACUGGUUCAUCCUCCUCACCGACAUCUUCAUCCACGCAUCAGGUGCCUCCCACACAGUCCAUCAAUUACCGACUCUCUGGGUGGAGCUCGUGGGGGAUUCCGAGGUGAUUCAGAACGCCAUAUCCAUCGUCACACCUGAAGAUUCAUUUGUCCUUUACACCAAUACCACGAGUGAGAGGAACGAGUGGUUCCAGGGAUUUCAGGGCGCCAUCAGAAACAGCCUACCCCGGGUAGUAGGAACAACACCACCGAGGGACAGAUCCUGCUCUUACCUCUUCCUCAAGCAUCCAGUGUUCAAGGACGCUAAGUACAUCGGCAGAUGGAGCAACGGAAAGGUGCAUGGAUUUGGGAAAAUGGAGUGGGCUGAUGGAAGAUUGUACACUGGACAGUUCUACAAGGGAGUAAUCCAGGGUAAUGGAAGGAUGGAGGCACCGACGCAGGGUAUCUACGAGGGAAUGUGGCGGGAGGGUUUGCAGUGCGGUUUCGGUGUCUUCAGGUACAUCAACGGGGAUGUAUACGAGGGCCUCUUCAAGGAAGGUCUUCCUCAUGGUCAUGGCAGCAAGAGGGAGGGUCAUUUUCUGGCUAGUGUCGCUACUGUAUACAUCGGGGAGUGGGCAGCUGGUGUUAAAAGCGGUUACGGGGUGAUGGAUGACAUAAUGACGGGUGAAAAAUACUUGGGAUCAUGGAGUGGAGAUAUGAAACACGGCUGUGGCCUCAUCGUCACUCUGGAUGGUAUCUACUACGAGGGGGUCUUCGCUCAAGAUGUCAUGACAGGCCAUGGAGUCAUGGUCUUCGAGGAUGGUACACACUACGAGGGUGAUUUCAAAUCCGCUGGGACUUUUGGGGGUAGAGGUGUCCUUACAUUUCGAAGUGGUGAUCGAUUGGAGGGCAGUAUUAAUGGCGCAUGGAAUGAACCUGUCAAGGUCACAGCUACUCUUCACAUGUCGAAAGCAUCGGGUCAUCAGGAACCCUCCAACAGGCCACCGUCAUUCGGUAAAUUAUGCGUUCCACCGGAGCAGAAGUGGAAGGCAAUCUUCAGGCAUUGCUAUCAGCAGUUGGGGCUCAUUAAGGAGGCGGAUGAGGGGCUGAAGAGGGAGCGAGGGGAGAGGGGGGAGAGAGAGACAUCAGAAAGAAGAAGUGAGACUCAAAGACUCUGGCAGAACGUCGCCGUAAUCAUCAACAAGUCCCAGCAGAGAUCUUCAAAUUCGAAAAAAUCGAGUGAUUUGGCCAGGGCUGAUCGAGAUAAAAACAGGAUCAUCACCGAGAAACUCAUGAAAAUUCCGGACCUAGGGGAUAAACUAACGAGGGAAGUCUACAAGGAGAUCCAUGACUAUCUGAUGAAUGCAUUUGACAGUCGUCAUCAUCCUCUGGGGUGUCUUCUUCAGGAGCUCUCCGGUGUUUAUACUGCAACCUAUGGAGGUGUCAGGGUGCAUCCUCUUCUGCUCUCCCAUGCUGUGGCAGAGCUUCACAGUAUUGCUCUCAGGAUUUAUGAGAUUGUCGGUCUGUUCUUUCCUGCUCUACCACGAGGUGGCGAGGAGUUUGUCCUCGAGGACGAUGGAGAACAGGGAAAAGUCAUCUCUGCAGCUGGUGUACUACAUCCUGUACUCCUGCCCAGGGUUCACUCAGCACUUUUUGUACUUUAUGCACUGCAUAAUAAGAGGGAGGAUGGUGCUUAUUGGGAGAGACUGAUCAAGUGGAAUAAACAGCCUGAUCAGACCUUGAUGGGAUUUCUAGAUGUUGAUAGGAAAUUCUGGGGGAAGAUCAAGGACGAUCAAGUUGUCAGGAGGGAUGGGGGAUUUGGUGAGGCUGUUGAGACACUUCAGCAGCUCAAAACCACUUUUUCACCUUUGGAGAAGCUGCUCGUUAUUCGGAGCACUUUUGAAGCGAUGACGAAGACAGUACAAAAACAAUUGGGCACAACUUAUCUCUGGACAAUGGACGAGUUAUUUCCAGUAUUUAACUUCGUCGUUGUUCGUGCCGGUGUUUUACAAUUAGGAAGUGAAAUACAUUUCAUCGAUGAUUUUAUGGAGCCAUAUCUCGUCAAUGGAGAGUUGGGUAUCAUGUUCACGACUUUGAAAGCUUGUUACUACCAGAUACUCCAGGAGAAAAUGAGUAUAACAGAUUAAUUACCAUACUGAAGUGUUUUUAAUGAAUUAUAAUGUGAUAUCUAGCCGUGCGCGACCAUUUUCCAUUUUAAAUUCGUCUAGUUGAUUAUUUUCAAGUGUGGGACAAGCAUAAGAAGAGAGUAUGAAAUUGUUAAUAGAGUUUCAAUCGUUGACGUGUCAAAACUAUUCAGUUUAUACGUAAGUAUGGGAAUUUCAUUAAUCGUGGAUCGUUGAGGAAUUCAUUGUGGAAGUGUGCAAUCUAUUUUGUGAUGAAUGAAGAGGAUAUUUAUUGAAAUACAUGAACAAUUGUUUUUUGAAAUUGUUGUGAGCGUUAUUCAAUUCCUUUACCAUUUAUUCUAUUCUUUUAAAAGAAAAAUGCGCUUUUAUUACGUUUUUAAUUGAUAACUUGAUUUUGGAUUUGGAGAUUAAAUUGAAAGAAAAUUCUGAAGCAAGUGUUAAUGAUCGAAAAAAAUCAUUAAUUAAUUCGAGUGCAAUAAUGUGAGACUCGGUAAUCAAUCUAGUAAUUACAAAAAAAAACUCAGGAAAUUGUUUUAACAGAGAAUGAGUUAAGACCGAUGGAUUUUAUGAAUAAAUAUUUAUUAAUACAUCGCUCGUUUACAUUUUCAUAUCUUUUUUGAAAAUACAUGGGGCAGUAGUAAACCAUUGAGGAAUUACGAGAAAAAUUGUUUAAUUAAUUCAAUGUUUAAAUGAUUUUAAAUCCCUUCUCCAAUUUUUAUUCUAUCUAGACACGAUCGCAAAUUGAUUAUUUAUUACACGAUUAUUCAAUGAACUUACAUCUAGCGUGUGAAAUCAUUUUUUUAACUGAAGAAAAUAAUAAUUUCAAAGUGAUUAAUUAAUUUUCCGGCGAUUCCGGUGUUUAAUUUGUUUUUAUUCACUCGAAAUGCAAAUCGAUAUUCACCGAUAUAAAUUAAGUAAGUGAUUUGUUCGUUAAUUGAUGAAGAAUCAUUAAUUCCAAUAAAAAUUAAUUCUAGUUCAAUGAUUUCACAGAAUUAUAAAUCCUACAACACAAUUUCCUAAUUUUUUUUCUCUUUGUUUGACGAGUGCUCACAUUAUCAACUCAAUACAAAUCAUUACCAACUGAAUUUAAACCGCUGGACGUUCAUUAACUACGAUUGUUUGUUUAAUAUUUACAUUAAUUAAUGUGAAUUGUUUAGUUAUGGUAAGUUGGUGUGAAGUGGCUUCACCGGGUGUUGUUUAUAACUCGAGAACCAGUGGUUUUAGGAGAAAAUGUAAUUAGACUUUUUUGUAGAGGAGAGAAUUCUCCAGGAAAAGUUCCUCUGACAUUUUUCUCCAGGACCAGCCGCUUCUGAGUUAAUUAAGCAAUUAGCCGGUGACGUGAUAUUGAUCGUUUAAUGAAAUAUUCGAGUUUUGUUGAUUGUUUAAUUAUCUCGGUAACGCGUGGUUUUAAUAAAAAAUGUCAAAAAAACAAAAUUGUAGGGAGUUUAGUUCCCCACGAAAAAUGUUUAUGACAUUUUCAUAUUGGAGUACGCGUUGUCGAGAUAAUCAAGUAAUUGAGAUAAAUGGAUAUUCCGUUUUUCAUGGAUUUCCACUUCACUGCGGAUUUUCUGUUUGAAAUAUUAUUCUGCGGUUUCAGCGAUUCAGAAAUGUACAUACAAAUUAGCUAAGUGAGUAAUUAGUCUACUGGGGAAUAGAAAGUCUGCUCAAGGUGGGAAAUUCAUGGAAAUUCAGAAAUUUAAACUAUCCUCCAACAAAAUUAAAAAAAUCAAAUUUCCUAUCAAAUCGAGA